CUCUGUUAAGGCUGUUCUGGAAUACUGAAUAGGAAUCUUUGAAAAUGUUCCUAAGUCACUUAACUAUCAGCGUGCCACCCUUCAUGCCGAGGGGCUAAUAAGAUGCCAGAAUGCUGGACGUUCCUGUCCCGGUUUGUACCUCAGCCAGGGAGCAAAAGCGCCCGGACCACAGGGCGGGUAGAACGGGCCUUCCCGGGGGGCUCCGCGCGGGGUCUCUGGGUAACCGGUCCGGCCUACGCAUGCGCCUUAAGGCCCGCCCGGAAGCCGGGUGGCGUUGCCCUGGCGACCGCAGUAAACGGAGGCUGGAGGCGGAUUCUAAGACUCCAAACAGGCUGCCACAGGCGGUACCUGAGGGACAUGAAGGAACCAGAUGAUCAGGAUACUGAUGAGGGGAGAUCAGAAAGAUCAAAGAGUGAUGGGAAGCAGUCUUCUAAACCUGCUGCAAAAGAAGAUGCCACAGAAGAAGCAUUGACUGAAGGCGAAGAAUCAUAUUUAGAGGAAAAAGACUCAGAUGAGGAAGAUUUAGAAGGAAGUUCAAGUUCAAUUCAAGAUGAUUAUUUAGAAAACAUUAGACCAUCUCAGGAAGCUCCUGCCCCAGCUUUGGAAGAGGCAGAGGAUGCUGUUAAGAAGAAAAUAUCAGAGAGUUUCUUCUACGAUUAUUCAGAACUUGCUUCAAUGCCUUUUGUGACUCCAGAUUCGAACAUACCCCUGGAUCUUCUCACGCUCGUGUAUCCACUUCAGUUAUAUAUACAUACUUUGGGGAAUUAUGGUUUUUCUCGUUAUACUGUUGUCGUUCAUCCAUAUAAAACUCACUUCACAGUAGCUGAAAAAGGAAGUUACCCAAAGAUUAUCAUCUAUGAAUAUCCUUCUCUGAAGCCUUACAGAAUACUUCGGGAUGGGACUGAGAAGGGAUAUGCUUAUGUGGACUUUAACUACAGGGGCACCUUGCUGGCCUCGGUGGGUAGCAACCCUGAUUACACACUGACCAUCUGGAACUGGAAAGAAGAGCAACCCAUACUGAGGACAAAAGCUUUUGCUCAAGAAGUUUUUAAAGUCACUUUCAACCCUGAAGAUGAAGAGCAGCUUACUACAUCAGGGUCAGGCCACAUCAAGUUCUGGGAAAUGGCCUUUACAUUCACUGGUCUCAAACUUCAGGGAUUGCUGGGUCGAUUUGGCAAAACAGCCACAACUGACAUAGAAGGCUACAUGGAGCUCCCGGAUGGGAAGGUACUGUCAGGGUCAGAAUGGGGCAACAUGCUGCUUUGGGACGGCGGUCUCAUCAAGGUGGAACUGUGUCGAGCUGCACGGAAGUCUUGUCACCAGGGUCCUAUUAACCAGAUAAUGCUGGACGAGGGUGAAGUGAUCACUGUUGGGUCAGAUGGCUGUAUCAGGAUAUGGGAUUUUGAGACAAUAGAUACUGCUGAUUCUAUCGAUGAAACUGGAUUGUUAGAGAUUGAGCCUAUUAAUGAACUUCAAGUAGACAAGAAUGUCAACCUCUUCUCUAUGAUAAAAAUGAAUGAAACUGGAAAUAACUUUUGGCUGGCUCAGGAUGCCAAUGGAGCCAUAUGGAAGCUUGAUCUCAGUUUUUCAAAUAUUACCCAGGAUCCAGAAUGCCUCUUCUCCUUCCAUUCUGGAGCUAUUGAAGCGUUGGCCCUUUCUCCUCUCACUUAUCUCAUGGCCACAACUGCCCUGGAUUGCUCUGUUCGAAUUUAUGACUUUGCUAGCAAAACUCCUUUGGUUCAUAUGAAAUUCAAGCAAGGAGGUACUACCCUUGCUUGGGUACCCCGAAUGGUAAGCUACACUGGAGCACAAAUUAUUGUGGGAUUUGAAGAUGGAGUUGUUCGAAUCCUUGAACUUUAUGAUCCAAAAGGUCUCACAAUUUUUGCAGGACGGAAGAAAGUUUUGGAUGCAGAUAUUUCCUUGAAAUAUGUUUUUAAACCCCACACUGAUCGUGUCACUGCUUUAGCUUAUGAACGUGAUGGAGAAAUUCUAGCUACAGGAAGUAAAGAUCAUACUGUCUUCUUCUUUGAAGUGGAAAAGGAUUAUAAGCCAAUUGGUUAUAUUAACACUCCAGGACCUGUUAUCCAGUUAAUGUGGUCUACAAUCUCUCAUCCUGAGAGUACUUUACUGAUUAUCUGUGAGAAUGGUUAUGUUCUUGAAGCUCCAUGUCCAACCAUAAAAGAAGAGGAUGAUCAUGAUGUUGUCUCCUAUGAAAUCAAAGACAUGUGCUUGAAGUGUUUCCAUUACUCAAGUGUCAAAUCUAAGAUUCUGAGGUUAAUAGAAAUUGAGAAAAGAAAGAAGAAAAAGGAAUUGAAGGAAAAGGAAAGGGAAGCACGGAGGAAGCUAAAAGAAGAAAUGGGAGAAGAUGGAGGGAAAGAACUCCUGGACGAGGGGGAGGAAGAGGAGGAAGAGGAGCCAUUACCUGAACUCUUCAUGCCGCCAACCCCGUCUCCCAUCCUGUGUGGAUUUUACUCUGGGCCAGAGAAAUUCUGGCUUUCUUUUGGUGGCUAUGAUUCUGGUUUUCUGUAUCACUGUGCAUUCCCCUCAUAUGAUAAAGAGAGUGAUUUCAAAGAACAGAAAGAUGAACCUUUUGAUUUCUGUUUUCUUGAGGAUACAGAAGAUAACCCCAUCCAAGCUAUCACUUUCAGCAUUAACCAAACUAUGAUGUUUUGUGGAAUGAGAAAUGGAGCAAUUCGAGUCUAUACCUUAAGUGAGAAUGAUACUUCAUUAGCCAAUUUGGUGGAAUAUUGGCACUUCAGUAUGCAUGACAAUAAUUAUGGAUGCAUUAAAAGCAUUUCUACUAGUUUUGAUGACCGUUUUUUGGUGACUGCUGGAGCAGAUAGUAAUAUCUUUAUUUUUAACAUUUUUUCUGAAUUUGUAUUAAAGAAAGAACUCAAAGCCAAAGUGCCAUCUCCCAGGUAUGGAAUUGAAUCAGAGCCAAUUCCAGAAGAUAUUGAAGAUCCCAAAGUAUACAGUAUUGAGAAUGCCAGGAGAAAAAGAGAGCAUGACAAGUUAAUGAAAGAAGUGGAAGAAAUAAAGGCUGGGAAGAGAGAGCGAAUCAAAGCUUUGAGGAAUGAAUUUUUGAAACUAUUAGCAAUGAAUAAAGAAUUACCAAAGCAUAUGCAGUUUAAACGGACAGAUUUUGAUCUUGAUUCCAAAAUCCGUGCUGAUAUUGACAGAAAAACGGCUCACAAAAUCCAACAAGUGGAAAAAGAACUAGCUUGGGAAAAAGAGAAACAUGAACUUUGCCUAAUGAAGCUACAGAAUAGAUUUCGUGAUGCAUUGGAAGGUGAUGUUGUUGUCGUUCAUGCCAUCCAAAGUGACCACAAGAUAUCUUCCUAUAGGCUGGUGAAGCCUUCCAAGUACUCCAAAUUCAAGCGACCAAGUCAGGCAGAGAGAAGACAAAGCAAAUUUGAGAGGUUUGAAAAAGAGGGACUUGGAAAAAAGGAUAGCCGGAGAGAUACAGAUGAAAGUGUUAGCAUAAUAGAAGAAGCAAUAAUGGAAAAAGAGAAGAAAUUUCGGCCUAGAACUCUAAGUGAGAUUAUGAUAGAAAAUCAAAUAGAGAAAACAAGGAAACUUAUAUUAAAAGCUGAGAGGGCCCAACAUAAGAUACAGCAACGAAAAAAAGAAUGGGAGGAACUAUACAAGAGUAAGCCUGAUGAUGACUAUGAGGAUCCCAAGGAUGUCCAAGCCAUCAAAGAAGCCCAAGUGUUUAUGGGAGAUUUCAAUCUAAAGACAGCCCCCGACUAUAAGAUACCAGAGCAUAUGAGAAUAAACGCUGCCAAGAAGGAGGAGGAACUGGGACACCUGGACUCGCUGGCCCACAGCAAGAAAAUGCACAUGAACAAGUGCAUCCUCUCCAUUCGAGACCUUAAAGUGGCAGUUAUAGAUGAAAUACAGUGCCUGGUGCAGGAAUUGAAGAACAUUCAGUUGUCUCUUGACGUAUCCAAGCACAUCCCCAUUCCCCAGGUGCCUCAGAUCUACCCAGAAGAAGUUCCGGAAAGGAGAUUUCACUAUGAUGAGGAAACUCUCCUAAGGUUUAAGCGGCAGCGUAUGAAAAGUCGGGAUCAAAAUUCAUCCCAAGUGGAACAGGUAGGGUCUGGAAGCUCAGGUGGAGGAUUCCUCAAGCCCUCAUCUGGAAAGAACGGGGAUUUUACAUCACGAGAUUCUAUAUCCAGAUCAUCAAGAGCGUCUGCAUACAAUUUGGAUAUUCCAAAGUUAACAGAAUUUGAAAAAGCAGAGCCAACUGAUGUGGAGCUGGAGAUUAUGAAGAGGGAUGAGAUUAAACACCUGUACAUGCAACAGUAUUUGUCCAACAGGAUCAAAGAGCUGAUUAUCACUUUUGAUGCAGAACUUCGUCUUCUGAGACAUCACAAGCUGAAACUGGACACCCAGAUGAAAUUAUCUGACCUGCAUCAUCUCACAUUAUUUCAAGAGAUGCUUCUCCUCAAGAAUUUUGAAAAGCAGGAGAACAUACUUCAAGAGCGUGUGAAUUCACUAGACAAAGAGGAACAGGACAUGCAAUGGAAAAUAAGUGAAACUCUUAAGGAGAUGGAAGAGAAAAAGAUUGAAAUCACCAAGCUCCAGGAACAAGAAAAGGCACUUUAUGCUGGUUUCCAAGCAGCCGUUGGAGAAAACAAUAAAUUUGCUAACUUCCUCAUGAAAGUCCUAAAGAAGAAGAUUAAGAGGGUAAAGAAAAAGGAGGUUGAAGGAGAUGCCGAUGAAGAUGAAGAAAGUGAGGAAUCAAGUGAGGAAGAAUCCAGCUUGGAGAGUGAUGAAGAUGAGUCUGGAUCGGAAGAUGAGGUGUUUGAUGAUUCCAUCUGCCCAACGAGCUGUGACCCAGCUCUUUUUGAAUUGGCCCUUCAACUCCGCGAGAAAAGGCUGGACAUUGAGGAGGCCUUAGUUGAAGAAAAGAAAAUUGUUGAUAACCUCAAAAAAGAAUAUGAUACCUUGUCUAAAAAAGUGAAAGUUGUGGCCACGAAUCUGAACGCGGCAGAGGAGGCCCUGGAGGCCUAUCAGCGAGAGAAGCAGCAGCGGCUGAAUGAACUGCUGGUGGUCGUGCCGCUCAAGCUCCACCAGAUAGAGUAUAUGGUAUUUGGAGAAAUCCCUAGUGAUCUUUCUGGUACUUUGGUCUUCUCUAACCACUCCUUGGGACGGCUGCAGGAAAGAAUCGGUCAGCUCCAAGAAGAAAAUUCAAAGCAGCAAAAGCUUAACAAAGAAUGCCGAGAGAGGCGUAAACAGCUCAUCCGGGAAAAGAGAGAGAUGGCCAAAACUAUACAUAAAAUGGAAGAAACAGUCCGCCAACUGAUGGUCAGCAAGUUUGGCCGUGUGAUAGACCUGGAAGCCCUUCAGACCCUUUCUGUGAACACAACUCUUGAGGAACUAAAGAUCAGAAAACUUCGAAAGGAGCUAUCGAAUGCGAAGGAAAUGAAGAUGUGGGAGGAAAAGAUUGCUCAAAUGCGAUGGGAACUAAUGAUGAAGACAAAAGAACACACCAAAAAGCUUCAUCAGAUGAAUGAUCUAUGUAUUGAAAAGAAGAAACUUGAUUCUCGAUUGAAUACACUACAGAACCAGCAGGGCAAUGCCUUCCAGAGGCCCCGGAAAGCAGAUAUUGUGGCAAAAGAGAGGAUCACAGAACUGAUCCGAACCCAGUCCGAAAGGAUUUUGGCCCUAAAGCAAGAGAUUGCUCUACUGCGCAAGAAAGGGGGCCUUAUCCUCCCACCCAUUCAGUCUGUACAAGAGACUGACAUGAAGCCCACGGAGCUAUGAAUCACAGUGCUGCUUUCUGAAGUCCAGCCAGGAUCUCCGACAUAAUCAUCCGGCAGUUCUGUUUAUCACCUGCAGCACCACCAUUAAAGUUUCCGAACCUAAAACCAGAUCUAGUCAUUUAGUUCAAGAAUUCUUCUCCAGCGCGGUUCUUUCAGAGCUGGCUGCAGCGUAGUAAAUCCAGCUAUUUCUGAACUGAACCAUCUUAGAUGUUUGGAACCUACUACACUGUAUCGCCUCAUGGCAAGAAAGCAUCUGUUCUAUAUUUUGUCUUAGGAAUAUUUGUUUUUCUCGUGUUCUGAAUUUUUAGCCAUUGGCAAUAAAAACUAUUAUUCAGCAAUCCACAAGAAAACUUCCUUUUCUCAACCCUUGGAUCUUUAGAAAAUAAACUUUGUUUUUGUUAAAUGUUCUCUGGGAGAACACAAGAGAAAAAGACAAACUAUUUUGCCAACAAUAGCAUAGAAUAAGAAAUGCAAAUUAGAAUUUUGGCGUUGUUGACUUCACAAAGCAGUUAUUUGAGGGUUCAGGAUUCAGGAAGCACAGGCAGACAUAGCAAAGCAGUUUGCUUUCGUUUGCUUUGCGUUGGCAGAAAGCAGGAAAAUAACCAGCUUCCUGAGUCACCCACGGCUUUUCAAAGCCCUCAGUUCUGAGUGCAACAGCAGGUUGUGUUUUGUCCAAUAAGGACACGUUUCUCUGGAGGUCCGUGCAGUUUCACCAGUGCUCUUAGGCGUUCCCCAGCUUCUCACAUCCUGUGCCACCUUCCUCAGGCUUUACUUGACUCAUUUGCUAGUUUCGACACCUAACAGGCAAUGAAAUGGAUUUACGUCACUCUGAGAGAGCAUCUCUAACAAUCAUUUUUGACUAUGCAAAACAUUUUUAAACUAAUUCAAGAGAAUCCUUUGGUUUGGAGGUAAGUACACUUUGAAAUUAACGGCUGCAACCAUGGAAAAAAGAUCACACGGACCUGGCGGGUUGUUAGCCUUAGAGUGUAGCACUUUAGAUUCAGAGCUCUCUGGGUCUGUCCAAAUGAGAUGCUUGACUUCCGGGCUGUUCCAGCAUGGAAGUUAGCAACCAAGAAGCACAGACAGUUACUGGUAUUGCAUAAAUGUAGGGGGCAGCUCAGCAGUGCCAACUCCUCCGAACCUGUGGUUAGCCUGCUAAUCUGCUCCCCAAAAUCAUAGACAGGACUUGCUUUCUUUGUGUUAGAAUAUUCUCAGACGUGGCCACUUGGCCUAUUAUCUCUGUAAGAGUCUUUCCUAGGUAAGAGGUGAGAAGAGUUUAUUGUUUCUGCCUGUCACCAAAAAUUUCUGCUGUGACAGCUUCUCUACCUUUUAUCACCUUCUUGUAUUUUUAAAAUGUGCUAGUCACAGUUCAUUUAUUGCUAUCUGAAAAACUGCUCCCUAAAACUUAGCCCAAAACAACUAGCCCAGGGCUGAGUGGGUUUCUGAGAGCCAGGAAUCUGAGAGCAGAUAGGCUGAGUGUCUCUGGCACAGGGUCUGUCGUGGAGUUGAAGUCACACCGAAUUGGGGCUGCCAUCGUCUGCAGCAUGGCUGGAGCCAGGGCAGCUAGCUGCAGAACUCACUGGCUUGGCUGCCUGCAGGAGCCCGCAGGUCCUCGCUGAACAGACCUCUCCAUGGGGCUGCUCACAUGACUCUCCCUGGAGCCAGUGACCCAAGAGCAAGAGAGAGCAUGAGAGGAUAACCUGGAUGGAAGCUGGAGUGCCUUACAAUUUGGUCAUGGAAAUGACCUAUCCUUAUUGCUAUGUGGGUCACAUAGGUCAGUCUUGGUGUGAUGCGGGAAGGGACCCAACAUGGUGUGAGUUAGAUUAGGGUCCUUAGGGACCACCAUGGGAGCUGGCCACCACCAUGGAUAAAGUGGUUGGACUCGAGAAAGAUCUUGUGAUAUUAUCACCUUGCUAGUUUUGAGAGCCAGAAGUUGCAUGCUCUUCUGGGCCUCAUUUAUGAUAUGACAAAGGAGGAAUUUGGCUAAGUUCUUAGGAUCCUUCCCACUCUGCAAUUCUGUGGUUCUGCAUGCAGCAAGAAUGAAUUUAGUCUGUAGGAGAGCCAUGCCAGUGAUCCCAUGUGUUUUUCAACUUAGAGUAAAACUAAUUGGGAUUAUUUCCUUUCCCAAAUUGAAGUAGACUAAAUCACCAGCUAAGUCUGUAAUAUUCAGGGCUUCAUCCAGCAUGUUCAGGAUUUGUAUAGUUAACAACUCUUUUAUUUUGAAUUGGACAAGUUACUUUCAGAGCUUUUGGUUCACGUCUACUCAAUCUCAGCUGCAGCCUUGAAGCUGUAAUUAAGUGUGAGCAUCUGAGUCCUUAGCAAGUUAAGCUUCAAAGGAUGCCCGGGAUGCAGGCCGGAGAGGAGGCCGCUGGAACAGGACCUGCUCCCCAGAUCACCCUGCUGUCCGGCCCCUGCUGUGUGCUCACGUCUGCGGGUGAGGCCCAACAUCAGCCUCGCCUCAACUACUUGUUCAUCAAUAGUGAAUGCUGAGUCGGCUAUUUGAGCUCUCAUUCACAGUACCACUGAAUCUUGGUAUUGGAAGAAAAAUGGAGCUGAGCCUUGUCUCCCGUCACUGAAGGCCCCGUCCUCAGGGAGGUCUGUGAGCCAUCAGGGGACCUCCGCGCUCCACCGGCUCCCGCCCAGCCGGUCUCGCUCUUCCCUUCAUAGUUUACACAGCCUUCGCUGACUGGAUCAAAACAUUACGAAGGCACUAGAAUAGUAACUAACCUGCAUCCAGACACCAAACACGAUGGCACUGCACCCCUGAGCUGUUCUGUCUCCUGGGCUGAAAUUUAAACUAAUGUCCUGACUUUCCUUUCUUCUCCGCAAGGGAAAUACACACAUUUAUCCCACUUCACAAGCCUCGGAAGGGCUUUUUCUUUCCCAUGACUUUUUAGCUGAAACCAAGCAGCACUGUUGCGAUUCCAGCACUCUGCAGAAAGCAGAUGCUUCACAUUCCACUGAGUUAAGUUCACGCAAAACCAUUCUGACAACCAGACCAUCAAGGAGAAAAACAGGGGGAUCUGUAAAAGGCCGCGUGCUAGAAGGCGAGCUGUAGCUCUGAGCAGAGGGCCCCUGGAAUAGCGAAGCGGGGACGGAGGACCUAAGCCUUGCCCAAUGGGGACGUGACCUGUCGGCCUUCACUGCUGGGUUGUGCCUGAAGUCACAAUAUCCCACUUCUCUUCCCUGCUCUGCUUCUCCUUACCUAGCAUGUUCAUGUCCCUUAAAGCCAUCCAGUGUUUAAAACACUACUUUCCUGAAAAUGCUGCAGGAUUUCUGUGAGAAUUGUUUUUCCAGGUUUCGCUGUUUGACAGGGAAAGGGUACAGGAGUCUUGCGCAGCAGCUGCCCUUCUUCUUCUGGCCAGCAGAGGGCACACUUGUCCUAAACAGAGUCUGACCCAAUUCCUGGAGCAGCCCUAGGAUCCCUUUGUCAAAUUCAUUCUGGUUAGAAGCCAGGGCCUGGCAUGCCUCAAUGAGAUUGUCUCAAGUGGCAUUUCAUCUCUAACUCAACCUCACUGAAAUCUAGAAAACUGACCCUGCCCUGAAAACUCAGUUAAAGUAUACGAAAACUGUCGCGGCAAGCCCCCGGCGCCAUCAAGUCCAGUUCCACAUUUAAAGGUUUUUAGUUUUCAGCCUAUAAAAGAAAGCUCUGGUUGAUCCUUUAGCUGGCCAGCAGUGAGUGUUGAUUUUAAACCAGUGAGUCAACCGCCCCGGCGAUGCCGGCCUAUCUCUGGAAACAAGGGGCGUGAGCUGCCUGGGCACCACCUGUUCACGUGCAGCCCGGCCCUUAGGCAAACAGCAGCUCGGAGGAAAGAUGUGGAUUGAAUACACACACCUAUAUAUAAAGGAUUGGUUUCAUUCCUUCAAUCUGAUCAGAGCUCCCCCACAAGAGAACCAGGAAUCUGCUGUUCCUUGCCCAUUCUACAGAACGCGUUAAUCAAAACACAACAGACAACGUCUGAAAAGACAAAACAAAAAAAUGCAAAACGUUUUCGCUGACUUCUCCAGAUGUCAUCACUGAAUGGAUGGGUAUUCUCUUCAAUCCUCAAAGACUGAAUUCCAUCGUCUCAAGAAAAUGCUGACUCAUAGAUGACUAAGCUGAAGGUUACAGGGAAGACUAAAUAUUUAUUUAGAAGUUACAGUGUUUGUUUUUACAGAGAUAUGUUGUCACAGAUUACUGAUGCUGGAAGGUCUGUUAAUGCUUAUGGUGCUGUACACAUCGCAGUCUGGUCUCCUGGCGUCUCAGGAAAGCGUUUCCUGUAGCACAGAUGCAGCCAUCUUCGGGGGUCUGUCUCCAGACUGUGGUUCUUGCUCUUCCCUCGUGGCGGUCAAGUGCAGUGUGCCUAGGAGUCUUCCUUUCGUCCGCUGGGCUGUGGGCCUCCUGCCGCCUCCCAGGCAGCCGGCAAAAGUCCUCAGCAAGGAGUCCGUGCUCUGGCCAUCGCCAUUACUCUGUCCUGGGUGACUCCUGUCCUGCUGAGGUUCGUUUCCCUCUCGUGCUUCAAUGGGAAGGAUGCCUUAUGUCUCUCCAGAAUUAUAAAAACACAUAUACAGUUAUUUACAAGUGCAUAAAUAUAUAAAUAUGACUAUAAUAGAAAAAUAAAUACCAAUUUUUCUCUGUCUCUUUAAAAAAAAAAAAAACAUAGUCUUUCUGGGAUAUCAGCUU